CAAAGAAAACAAACACCCCUGACAGGAGCAGAGACAAGAAACCCAUAGAUACUUAGUAGCAUAGUAAAUCAUUAGUUUUAGCAGUUUAUUCCGGCCUCAGAAACCUUUUAAAUACAUUUUUCUGCAACUUUUAUUUUCCAUAAAAUAAUCUGUGAAGACACCCUAAUCAUUUUUCCUUCCCAGUUCACUGCCUCUUUUCACCACUUAUCAAAUACCUCAUUGCUAGAACGUUGAAUGCUACUCAGAGUAGUAGCUGUACUAACCUUUACCCUGAGCUCUGGAAAGUCAGCUCCAACAAAAUUAACCCCCAUCUCACAUACACCCACACAUAAACACUUAGAUGAGACACAAGAGGGGUUUGUGUUGCUAAGGCUCUCCAACUUCUUGUAGAAACCAGUUGUUCUCAUAUGUAAGACUGUUUGUUUUGUUUUUAAAAGAAGGGGAAAGGAGAGAAAGGAGGGCCUUGUCCUGAAGAGUUACUGCCUGUUGGGACUUCUCUCCAUGCAGGCUGAAACUCCCCACGUCACCGGGAGCCUUCCCCUGAAAGGGAUCGUAGCUGACUUGGAUUUGAACAACAUAACCACUGGGAACUAUUAGGAGCUGUUGUCGCAUUCUCCACAACACAGUGUAACCCAUGGCACGCAGCCAUGCUGAAGAAGGCAGCUCAGUGAGUUUCUAUUCCCCUACUGGUGGCUGUUCCAGCUUCUUUUGCAGAUUGAGACAUAAAUUUAAGUUUCACUUUCUGGUUCUCGCUCAGUUACUCACAGAUCACGUGAGGGCUGAAGCAGAUAUAGGGGAAGUCAUAACAACAGCGAGCAGCACUCCUUUGGCUUUGAAGCUACCUUAAGACGAGUGAGCAGAGAAGGAAAAACAUGAGUACCAUUUCCAAUAAUUCCUUGGAGAGCUCCCUGCGGCAGCUAGAAUGUCAUUUUACAUGGAGUUUGCUGCAGCAGGAUGUGGAUCUCGAUGACCUAGAGGAAACAAUAAAUGACCAGACAGAGUUUUUAAUAAAAUCCAACAUCACAAAUUAUAAUCUACUCUCCUAUGUAUGCCACCUAAAUAAUUCAAAUGAGGAAGCCCUGAGAAAUCUCCAAAAAGCUGAAGAAGUAGCUGAAAAACACCAUCCAGAUGAAAUUGCCAGAAGUCUUGUUACCUGGGGGAACUAUGCCUGGAUCUAUUACCACAUGGAGAGAUAUGAAGAAGCUCAAACUUAUGUAAGCAAAGUGGAAAACAGCUGCAAAAAGCUUUCAAGUACUGCUCAAUGGAAGAUUGAGCUUCCAGAGAUCUAUGCUGAGCAAGGAUGGGCAUUAUUAAAGUUUGGGAGAAAAUACUACGACAGAGCAAAGAAUUGCUUUGAAAAUGCUCUGAAAACUGAACCCAACAACCCAGAAUUUAAUGCUGGCUAUGCAAUAACAAUGUAUCGUUUGGAAAGUUUUUUUAACACUGAAAGAGAAGAUUUAAACCUGUCCCUCAAGCCCCUGCAGCGUGCAGUGGAACUGAAUCCAAAGGAUACUUUCAUUAUGGCAUUACUAGCAUUAAAACUUCAGGACUUUAAGCGAGUUGAUGAAGGGGAGAGAUACAUUGAAGAAGCAAUGCAGCAAACCCCUGAUAUUCCUUAUGUCCUCCGAUAUGCUUCUAAAUUUUACAGAAGGAAAGGAGAACUGGAAAAGGCACUGGAGAUUUUGAAAAAGGCCCUAGCAGUGACACCAAAAUCUUCCUUUCUGCAUCACCAGCUAGGACUCUGCUACAGAGCAAAGCUUUUUCAAUUGAAAAAGAGUACAAGAUACCCACCUCGAGAGCAAGUACAGGAACUCAUCCGACUUUCCAUUUUUCAUUUUAAAACAGUAAUAGACCAAAAGCCAAAAUUUUUUUCAGCCUAUCUUGACCUAGCAAACAUGUAUGCACAAGAAAAGAGGUAUGAAGAAGCAGAGGAGACAUUUCAGAAAGCAUGUCAGAUAAAUAUUCUGUUCCAUGAUGAUAAACAGGAGUUCUACUACAAUUAUGGCCGUUUUCAGCAUUUUCAUAUGAAAUCAGAAUCUAAAGCCAUGAGGUAUUACAUAGAAGGGCUGAAAAUGGAAAAAUAUUCUUAUUUCUUCUUUAAGUGCAGAAGUGCUCUGAAGAAAUUGGUGGAACAGAGAAUUCAGGGAGGUUUAGGAGUUGCAAAAGAUUUUGGUACACUUGGAUUAAUUCAUAAUCUAAGUGGUGAGAAACGUGAAGCAAUUGAGUGCUAUGAAAAAGCCAUUGCACUGUCUCCUGACAAUGAAGAAUAUCUGAGUGCAUUAUGUGAGCUACGACUUUCCAUCUCAAGCUAAACCUCAAAAAAUUGUUCAAAACAAAACAAAAAGACCAAACCCAAGGACAUUUCAACAGACUCUCAGAACAUUUUUUUUUUUAAGGUUGAAGUUAUAGCUAGAUGAAACAUCUGGUGGCAAUCACUUUCUGGUGAUAAUGUAGAAACUGCAGCUGAUGGUUGUUCAUUCACCAACAGAGAGCAUGCUUGGAAAUAAUAGCUAAGCUAUCUUAGUCUUCAGUACUAACACUGCUAUAAAUUAGGUUGUGUUUAAGUCAUGAUCUGUAGAACACCACUUCUAAGCUGGAAAUCAGAUCUUGCCUUCUACUGAGAAAAAAAUAAGAGAAUUCAUCUAUCCCCUUGAAAAGCAUGCUUAUACACAAAUGAAAUUUCUAAUGCUCUUUCAUAUAUUUAAAAAAUGGGGGUUUUUAGUGUUAUUUAGAAGAAACUUUUCUUGAAGAUUUGUGUGGUUUACUACCUUGUAUGUUGUCUAACUAUGAAAAAUAACCACUGUUUGGCUCACUGUAAAGCUUACAAAAUGUGUAUUAUUGUUGUGAACUAUUAAAGAGUAUUACAUCCAUCAA